AUGAUAACCUGGCUUUACGCCCAACAUACAAGUAAUGACAUUCUCUUCUCCGCAAACGGAGAUGAAGUGAUGUCGAACUGUGGAAAUCAACGAUUUGCAUACACUGUGGAUUUUAUUAUCCAGUCCUACGGUCAUGUAGAAAACGCAUCUGCAUUGAAGUCCAGAAUUCUUUGCGCCUUGGAACAAUGGCCUGUCAAACGAUGUCUGCAAUACGAUUCUAGUGCCGGAAGGUGGUACCCGUGUAAUAAGGCAAGUGUGGACCACUGGGUCUCAACUGUUGUCAAGAGCAGGUUGCAUGCUGUCAAGACGUCAAGGGCAGAUGGUGCAAAGAAGACACAGAAGGAAGAUUCGACUGGGAAAGCAACUCAAUGCCGCGCUUUUCCACUACGAAUACGUCAACACAACCAGAUGGCUUCCGCCGAUACUGAUGACAACAACAGAGGUAUGAAAAAGGCAAAAUUGCACCUCAACAGUUUGUCAUCACCGGAUGAUGUAUCCACUCCACAGCCAGCACAACCAUCGCCUCAUCGACAGUGUCAUAUGAAUGCUCCUUCAGUUACUGCAGCUCAAACGAAGCCAAAAGGGCCUGCUGCUGAUAAGGAAAACUAUAUUGAACCAACAGACCAUGAUAUGAUAUUUACGGAUAGUAAUAGGAGCAAAAUGAUUUCUCGCUUGGACAAUCAGCGUUUUUCGCGCCUCGCAGCAACAUAUCUGAAAGAAUACCAAGACACAGCUGCUAAUCACAAAUCGAGAAUGUGUUCCCGCAUUUUCCACCGGUUGCAACAAUCGGACCCUCCUAUGCGAUUCUUGCAAACCGAAAGUGUGAGUGGAAGGUAUUGCCUCUGUCCCGAGGAGUUUGCGAUAAGGUGGAUUCAAUCGUUUUUGGAAACCUUGGCUAGAAGGGCCGACCCUCAAAAUAGUCCAAAAGAGAGCACUGCCGUGAAUUCCAACAACAGCUUGAACCACCACAAGGCAACUCCAAACCAGACGGACCAACCGUUCAUUGGUGGUGGAAAUAUGGUGACCUCUCAACCACUCCUCAGGCCAUCAAAGGUAGGUGGAGGAGCACCGAUUUCAACAAUUCGAGAAGAAACUUGCAUUGGUGCGGGUCGCCCCAAUGGCAACUCGAUUUUACCAAUCGAAAUAGACGAUGACGACGACGACGACCAUAGUCACGAGGGAAAUAGCAACAACAACAACCAAAACAACAUUCACCAGGGCCUGGGCCUAGACCAAUACCAAGAUCAAAGCAAUUAUAUUGCACAUGAGCACACAGUAUACAUAGAGGAGGAAGAAUAUGACGAAGAGAAGGAGUAUCAAUACAUGGAACAAUUAAAUCGAGCAAUGGAACUGGGGUUUCAAGAGGAUUGUCCAACAGAUGAAGAGUACGACUAG